AUGGGCGAAACCUCCACCGCCGCGAAAUCCACGGAGGGAAUCCCGGGUCUUGCACCCAAGCGCAUCAUCAUCUGCUGUGACGGAAGUGGACAAUCAGCCGUCUCCGGCGACGAAAGCGUCCCAUCCAACGUGACUCGGCUCUGUCGAGCCAUCAACCCCGUCGGCUAUGACAAAGGCGACAUACACCAGGAACGGCCCUGGCAACAAGUCGUCUGGUACGACUCCGGUAUUGGGACCAACUCAGCCGGCCAGGUGCCCGUCGGCAAAGAUCUCGAAGGCAACAUCAUCGAGGCGUACAACUUCUGUGUGCUAAACUGGAGCGAGGGUGAUCAGAUUAUGUGCUUCGGCUUCUCCCGGGGCGCAUACACCGCACGCGCCAUUGCAGGCCUGAUAUCGGAUCUGGGUAUCUGCAAGAGAGCCGAUCUUCAGGAUUUCCCCGAGGUGUGGAAGCUGUAUAAGCAGAGUCGUCCGGCUUUGACUGGCGAGCAGUUCUAUGGUAGUGACGCUUACUUUGAUUAUCACCAUGGAAAGCCCGCUGAUCCCCAGCCGAUCAAGCACAUGGCGCCCAACGACAAGAUUGCUUGGGAGUAUGCUGGGCGUGGUGAGUGGGCUGUUUCGCCUAAGUCGAGGCAGGUCGAGGUGGUGGGUGUUUUUGAGACUGUUGGCGCUCUGGGAUUCCCGGAGGUGUUUGGGUAUGAAAUGCCUCAUUGGAUGUCGGAUAAACCGGAGUGGCACAAUGUUGGACUUUCUCCUAAUAUCAAAAACGCAUUCCAGGCGCUAGCUCUGGAUGAGCAUCGUGCCGCAUUUACCCCAACCCUGUUCUACGUUCCACCCGUUGAGAAGGCCACGCUGGAGGACAUCGAACUUCAAGAAAAGAAGUUCAAGGAUGCGGAUAGAGCUUGGAGCAACAUCGUAUCUGACAAUGACAAGAAGCGUCCUACCAUUGAGAAUAUGAAGAAGGCGCUGAAGCGAAAGAACGCAGCGGAGCGGGGGCUGCUGAAGUUGUAUGAUAGCCAGAAAGAGCGCACCAACUUGCUUCAAGUCUGGUUCCCAGGCGUCCACAUCAACAUCGGCGGUGGAUCGGACCUGACCUUGGAGAACAAGGGAAACAUGGAAGAGAUGUCGAGCAUUACCUUCGCCUGGAUGCUUGACCAGAUCAAGGAUUACGUAUCCCUCAAUGCCGCGACUCUCGAGGAAGACAAGGAUGACCACCUAAAACGACUCAGCGCAGCAAACGAUACCCUCGCAUGCUACCUGAAAGAUGUCGAAAAACGCAAGAAGGAAUCAUGGACACAGUGGGCCAUGCGAGGGCCUCAACGCGUGGUUUCUUCGCUCCUAUAUCCUCUUUCACUGUUGACUCCUGCACCAAAGCCCAAGGCAGACUACAUGAAUGAACCUGCUUUUACUUGGGGCUUGGGUGAUUUGCCAGACAACUUCUCCCUCAAGUACUAUGUCAAUGGAUCGCGAGCGCGCAAGCCGGGCUGCUACGCCUAUGACAAACAUGGCAAGGAGCUGGGCAAGACAUUCGAGGAGAUUCACCCAGUCGUGAACUACCGGGUGCAAAAUGCCAAGUAUCACCCCAUUGGGCUCAAGGGAGAAGAUUAUAAGCGCUUGCCGAAGCAGGGUGGUGGUGGUUACGAGUACUGGUUCAAGUACCCUGGUGCAAAGGAGUAUCAGGUUCUUGCUGAGUCGAAGAUAUCUGACAAGGAAGGGUCGUAUGAGGUUGAGGCUAUGGAAGGCGACGAUACUGCGGUGAAAUACGCUUCUGAUCAACUUAACAUUCUUAUCAAGACAUUAUAG